AUGAACCUGUACCGACAACAAUCGAUUAACCUCGACCGACCUACUAUCCGACUUUUGCAACUUCUCAAGGGGAACGUUAGAGAACCCAUUCGGUGUAACCUUUUGAUUGCAUGGUUCAACCAACCUGAAAGUGUCAUACCAUAUGCUGCUUUGUCAUAUACAUGGGGAUGUACAGAAAAGUCGGUCAAGAUCACAGUCGAUAAUACGACAAUCAAAAUCACUUCAAACUUGUAUUCGGCACUUCGACAUUUGCGCCUCGAAGACAAGGAUCGGAUCUUGUGGAUUGAUGCUAUAUGUAUCAACCAGGACAAUGUUCAAGAGAAGAUCCAUCAAAUUCGGCAGAUGGAUGCUAUAUACAAGGCGGCUGAAGAAGUCAUUGUUUGGUUGGGCGAUGGUACUGAAAAUACCGACUUUACCAUGAAUUCCAUGACGCGGUUACAAGAAUUUCGUUUGAACCUUGGAGGAGAUUGGAGAGGUGCGGCUAAAGUUUGGCUGCACUUUCAACAGUCGAUUAUGUACAAGUAUGAGGAAAGGUCUCGUCUAGGAAUGAGUGAGUUGUUAGAACGACCAUGGUUUCGAAGAAUCUGGAUUUUGCAAGAAAUUGCGAAUGCUAGGGUUGCUACAGUCUGCUGCGGUAAGUUUUCGGUCUCUGCCCGAAUCUUUGCACAAUUUCCAGAUUUGGUUCGUACAAUUUCCCACUAUAAGUCUGUUCCGUUCAAGAUUCCCGGCCAUUGUCAAUCUGUUUUGGAUAUCAUGCCUGGGCUCUCACGAAAGGAGUCUUGGUGGGAGAAAGGCCGGGAACUUCACACUCUGUUGGUAAAGUUUCGUCACAGUGAGGCUACGGACGACCGGGAUAUGAUAUACGCUUUACUAGAUAUAUCGUCAGAUGCGCGUGAUAGUGAUAUCUUGGAUCCGAAGUACGACAAGUCAUUACAGAAGGUUAUUCAUGAGACUAUUUCUUUCAUAAUUCAUAAGAAGUAUUCUCACACGACUCACACAAAUCAUGAUGCUUCGUUGUAUGAGUUCCUAAAUUGGACAUUGCCAAUGUUCUUGGAGAAUUUGGAAGAGCUAAAUAGCGUCAUUCUUGGAAUUGCGUCCCAGGAUGGGAAGGAACAUUUGGUCAAGUUAUUGCUUGCAACGGAUGGGAUUAAGAUCGACCUGAAAGAUAACAACGGCCGAACUCCGCUGCAGCGAGCAUCCCAAGGUGGCCAUCAAGUUAUUGUGCAGCUAUUACUUGAAGGAAGUACUGAGCGCACCAAAUUCCAGGAUAGCGGAUAUAAUCGGGGGCUGUUAUUGUGGGCAGUUGGCUCCGGAAAAGAGGGCGCUGUUAGGUCAUUGCUCGAGAAGGAUGCGGACCUUGAAGCCAAAUAUGAGAAUGGCCAAACAUCGUUAUCAUUAGCUGCUAGGAAUGGGCAAACGACGAUUGUUACGUUGUUACUUGAGAAGGGUGCUGAUCGUGAAGCAAGAGCUAAGAAUGGCCAAACACCGUUAUCAAUAGCUGUUGAAGGAGGACAGAUGGACGUUGUUAACUUAUUGCUCAGAGGCGGCGCCAAAUCCGAAACCAAAGAUAAUAAUGGCCAGACGCCAUUAUCAAUAGCUGCUAAGAAUGGACAAGCAGAUAUCGUAAACCUACUACUCAUAUCAGGCGCCAGAUUCAACAUAAAAGAUAACAAUAAAAUCUUCAACAUCCAGCAAAUCUUCACUCAAUGCAUAGUCACACUAUGUGAUUUCCUACUCGGAAGUCUGCGACUAAUCCAAUUCUUGGUACGCGCUGCUCUACGUAUAAUCUUCGAAUGCGAAUUUUUCUUUGGAAUGUUUGGGUGUCUGCGUAUGGUCCGCAUUUAUGGAUUUUUUGGAUUCUAUCGAAUUUUCCUCCCGUGGGCGAUUCGGAUGUGUUGGAAUGAGGUCGCUGGAGGGGGAUGGAAUCAUCGUCGUGAUCGCGAUCGCGGGGAUUGGUGGGAUGAGAUGAGAUGA